GUAUCCUCCCUGUGGUCCUGGUCCAGCCAUGACGAGUCGGAGAAGCGGCUGCCCAAGUCGUGCCUGGUGAUUCUGUGUAAGUACGACCCGGUGCUGCGCUGGAGCAAGGACUGCGACAACACGCUGUACCAGGGCCUGGUGGAGAUCCUCAUCCCCGACGUGCUGCGACCCAUCCCCAGUGCCUUAACACAAGCCAUCCGAAACUUCGCAAAGAGCCUGGAGAGCUGGCUGUCCAACGCCAUGAUGAACAUUCCCGAGGAGAUGCUCCGCAUCAAGGUGACGUCAGCAGGGGCGUUUGCGCAGACGCUGCGCAGGUACACCUCCCUGAACCACCUGGCCCAGGCCGCGCGCGCGGUCCUGCAGAACACAGCGCAGAUCAACCAGAUGCUGAGCGACCUCAACCGCGUGGACUUCGCCAACGUGCAGGAGCAGGCCUCGUGGGUGUGCCGCUGCGAGGACCGGGUGGUGCAGCGGUUAGAGCAGGACUUCAAGCUGACGCUGCAGCAGCAGAACUCUCUGGAGCAGUGGGCUGCCUGGCUGGACGGGGUGGUCUCCCAGGUCCUAAAGCCCUACCAGGCCAGUGCCGCCUUCCCCAAAGCAGCCAAGCUCUUCCUGCUCAAGUGGUCCUUCUACAGCUCCAUGGUGAUCAGAGACCUCACCCUGCGCAGCGCCGCCAGCUUCGGCUCCUUCCACCUGAUCCGGCUGCUGUACGACGAGUACAUGUACUACCUGAUCGAGCACCGCGUGGCGCAGGCCAAGGGAGAGACCGCCAUCGCCGUCAUGGGAGAGUUUGCCAGCCUGGGACGGACUCUGGGCUCCCUGGACCCUGACAAAGAAGAGGAGGAGGAGGAGGAAGAGGAGAGUGACGAUGAGUGUCAGGAGUUGUCCCUCCCCUCGGAUUCAGCCAGCCUCGGGGUGGAAUCCCUGGAGCCUCCCGCCAAGCUGGCGAGAACCGACCCGAGAGUGCUCUUCAACACCACCGACAACUGACAACCCACACACUGGAAUACCUGCCUGUGAGGGCUCUCUGACCUCACACAUACACUGGAAACCCCACCCACAGACGCUUCUGACCUCUCACACACACACACACACACACACACAUAUACUGGAAUGCCCACCCACUGCAGUUCCUGUGACCUCAUACAAACACUGGAGUGUCAAUGCACAGAGGCUACUGUGACAUCAUACACCGUCUCUCUCUCUCACACACACACACACACACAAGAACAUGGUACCGUGGUAACCAUGGCUGUAGGCUUGCACACACAUUCACAUUCAGUGGUGGCAGUGCCACUCAAAUUGUCUCAUGGACACACUCCCAGACACCAGCACAUUACUAUGCUGUUCACACACAUACACCCUGACUGGUCUAGAAUACACACACACACACACACACACACACACACACACACGCACACUAAACGGACAGUUUGACAGUGAUCACCCCCCCCCCUUCUCAGUCUGUCCCUGAACUGCCACACCUAUUGGUCUGUAGGUCAGGAACCUGGCCAAUCACAAAAGAGGAGCAUGUCCCAGAGCUGUGAACUGGCUCUAAAACCUGUUGAAGUGGGUUAACAGAUCAACUUCUAAACAAUUCGAAAACAAGUCAGUGUCAUCAAACCCAGACCAUCCAGGACCAGUGUUGGGGAUCCCCCCCCUCCCUGUCUGACACGUAACUUAAGGUCUGGAGUCGCACCCGGCCAAUGGCAGUCAGAGGGGCCGUGUCAGUCAGAGCCUGGCGGCCUAUCGGAGCAGCGGUGGGCGUGGCCUGUCUGCCCAUGGGCAAAUGAGGCUGUACGUGUUGUCUUAGUGGUGUCGUGGCCCCGUUCUGUGCUGUCCGUGUUGGUGAGUGCCUUUGGGGCAUCGUUUUGUGCUGGUGUGGCUCUGUUCGAGGCCGGUUUCCAGGGAGAUGAUUGGCUGCCCCCCGCCCCCCCUAAUUUAAAUAUCAGUGGGUUGUGAGACUUCCCUAGUUAAAAAAAAGAAGAAGUGUAUAUUCAGUCAAUCUUGUGGUAAUUUUUUUUGUUUUGUGAGAGUUUGAUCCACUGUGCGUAACCAGCCACAUUACCAUGCCCUUGGCCCACUGUCUGUCUCCUAAGAAUGUUAGAUUUAGAUGACGCCGUUAUGGCAGUCACCUUGGCAACUAUAGGUGCCCCACAGAACUCAGCGGUGCCAGAGCAGUCUCACCUGCACAAGGUGUUUUUCACAGGGGCUGCAGUCAAGGUUAAAAUACAAAAAACAAGGAGCAAUGCUUGUAAGCAGUCGUGUGUAUGACACACAGAAGCCUGUGUUCCCUGGGUGUGUGUGUGCGCACAUGUGUUGGUGAGUGCUGGUGUGUGUUGGUGUGUGUUGAUGUGUGUGUGUGCGUGUGUGUGCGUUUACCCAUUCUCAUGCUUCUGCAUGAAGCAACAGCGGUCUCAAGACAUUUCUCUCCAGACAUUUCAUUCUACCGUUCGCCUUUUUGCAUUGCAGUGUGGCUUAUAUUUCUUUAUCGGUUAAGAUUGCAAAUUUCUCUUUAUUUCUGUGCCAAAUGUAUCUUAUUUUUUUCUUUUUUUUUUCUUGCCUUGGCUAACAUUGCCGUCACUCUACAAUUUUAACUCCUCAGCUCCACAGCUCUUGAUGGGGGGGGUGAACUUUGCUGUGUGUGCGAGAGAGUGUGUGUUUGUGGUCGGAAAGAGGAAGUGGAGGUGUCAUCACAGUGUGUGGCAAUGUAACGCCAACCACGCGGCAUUCCUUGUAGCAGGGUGUAGUGCAUGGCCAUAAUAUACGUGUGCGCGCACACUGCAUUGUGUGAUCAUGUCGUGCUCCUGAUGGGAGACGAAUGCCACUGCAAUCAAACAGCGCAGCCCUGAGAUUGUGAGACAGAGAGAGACAGACAGACAGACAGACAGACAGAGAGACAGAGAGACAGAGAGA